GGGUUCCUUAAAAAAAAAAAAAAAACUAAUCAUCAAUUUAUUUAUGGUACAGAGAACCCUCUCUUUCCUCAUCAGAAACUGAACACACAGAUUGUUUACUAUUUCUUCCUCACUGGCGUAUGAAGCCUCAAUUUAUCCCGCAGCGAUUUCGGUUACUUUAACCUGCACAAAGAUUAAAAAAGUCUUGGCUUUUCUUCUUCAUCACCUAUAGCUCCCAAUCUCAUUCAUCCCUCUUUUUGUCUUUCUCUAAUCUCAUUUCUUUUUAUUUUCAUUUCUUUCUUAAACACUCUCCUUCUUCUCUGUAAACUACUUGCACGUGCAUGCUAGUUUACACCUGUGAAGCGUUAUAAUUUUCUCUUCACAUUUGGCAAACUGUGUAGCAAAAUGCCAACUUCAGUUUCAUUUUUGAGGCAACUUAGUGGAAAAGAAACUUGGAGGUCAUCGUCUUGGAGGUGGGGAACCGGUGGUAGCAACAGUUACUGCAGUGAAAAUAGGCACUGCGGCGAGGGAAGUUUGAAGCAAAUGGAAGGGCUAAAUCAGUACGGUGUUGGAGACAAUGGUGGGUCGGUGAUGAGGAAGAGAGUGAUGGUUUUAGUGGAUCAAACUUCUCACUCCAAACAUGCAAUGAUGUGGGCUCUUACUCAUGUAACCAACAGGGGCGAUUUACUCACCCUUCUUCAUGUCAUCCCUCCUCCUUCCCACCUCCAUGACUGUUCUUCAAAUCAUUCUCCUGUCCUCGCUAACUCCCUUGGAGCUCUCUGCAAGGCCUGCAGACCUGAGGUGGAAGUUGAAGCACUUGUGAUCCAGGGAACAAAGCUAGCCACAGUGAUAAGCCAGGUUAAAAAGCUAGAGGUAUCUGUUCUAAUAGUGGGUCAAAAGAGGCCCUCCCCAUUCAUUAACUGCUUCGUUGGGACCAGCAGAACCGAGGAGUUUGUGGAGCAGUGCAUAAAAAAUGCCGAGUGCUUGACUGUUGGAGUGAGGAAGCAAAGCAGAGGGAUGGGAGGAUACCUUAUCAGCACUAGAUGGCAGAAGAACUUCUGGCUUCUAGCUUAAUUAUGUAUUAAAUUAUUAAUCGUCAGGAUUACAAUAUUAGGCACAGGUAUAAGCUAAGCGUAUGGCAGAUAAAGAUAAUUAAGUUCUGUAAUAAUAGCACAUCUAAUCUAAUAUUAAUAUCUGUACCAACUUUGCUCUGUCUUGAAUACUGUUACCAGUCAACUUGAUCGCGAUGGAACGGUUAGUGAUGGAAUGAAAAUUGAUUGAAGGCAAUGUUUGCCUAGAGGUCCUCAUCGUUUUUGCUUGUUUUGGGGAUGAAAUCGGGGAAUUGUGUGUUCCAAUGCUAUUGAGCAAUGUGCGUGGAUUACACGUUUGG